UUGCAUGUCAAACAAUUCAACACGAAAGAGACAAACGCAACGACCGUCGAUUGUCGACUUGAUUGUCGAUCGCGGAAAUGUUAAGUGUUUGGCAAAGAAACAAAAUCAAACAACAAAAACCAGUUAACUAACAUCGAACAAUUAAUACAAAAUUAUAGUGAUUAAGAAGUUUAAGGUUUUGCAAAUAACACUGUGCAUUAGUGUAGCAUUUUCGUGUAUAAUGUUAACCGUAAAUAAAUGUGAAACUGCCGUUCAGUUUCACAUUAGUUAAGUGAUAAUUUUUUACGAAUAUAAAACCAAACAUGUCUAUGAAUUAUGCCUUUGGAUUCUCAAUAAUUCUAUUAAUUCUUGUUGUUCUCAAUAUAUAUUUCUUUUACACACUAAAUACUGUAGGAAAAAAGGGAUCCUCAUAUAAAGUGCCCAGUGAGGUUGACCUCACCACAAAUAUUUAUAGAGAAAUUAAUGAUUACCUGAAUUACUUGCCAAGCCAAUACAAAAAUAGAAAUCCCAAAUAUACACCUAUACAAAGAAGUUUAGUCCAAUCAUUCAAUUCAACAAAAUUAAACAUUAUAAAGGAUGUGUGGCAAUACUCAAAGAAUUGGGAAAGUGAAGAGUCUUUGUUUCCACAGGAAAGUGGAAUUCUUGGCAAGCUUCUUCAAAAAAUGAGAAAAGCUACAAUAUACCUGGUUGAUGUUGCUCCAAAAGGGUCUCAAAUGAAAUUGUCAUUGCUACUCGAGGGAAAAAAUAAAGUGCUGUUCAAGCCAAAGAGAUAUGAGCUGAAUCAUGUUAUAGCAGCAGGUGAUAUUUACGGGGGCUUUGACCGCCACAACUCUGAAGUGUUUGCAUAUUAUCUAGCAAUGGUAAUGAAUUUUAAGUGGAUUGCUCCCUCAGUCUUGAGAAAGAUUAAUGUCAAGAAUGAUGUGUUUCCCGUAGCCACAAGAUCGUUGAAGCUCACUAUGGUAAAAAAUGGUACAACACGGUGUAUAUUUGGAAAAUGUUUAUAUUGCCAUGUCAAACAUACAGUCUGCCCUGACAAAAAUGGCGACAUAGAGGGGGCAGCUAUUUUAUUUCUCGAAAAAAAAUUUCAGACCCAUGCGUCACCGUGGCGACGCUCCUAUAACAGCAGAAAAAUGAGUUGGGAAUUGGAGCAUAAUUAUUGUAUGAAACUUACGAAGAAUCUCACUUUAAAGCGAAUUUUAAAUCUAGUAGAUGUUUCACUAUUCGACUUCCUAAUUCAAAAUGGGGAUCGACAUCAUUAUGAAGUUUACAAGGACAAAAUUAUUCUAUUAGACAAUGGUAAAGGAUUAGGAAAUCCUACAGCUGAUGCAAUGGAUAUUUUAGCACCUCUAUAUCAGUGCUGCAUGAUAUCAAACUCUACAUGGCGACAUCUUGAACUGCUUUCUGGGGGAAUCCUGACGGAAACAAUUAAAAUUCUCUCGUCGUUUGAAGGGUACAAAUUGGCGACGGACGAUCAUUAUAAAGCAGUUGAGCGUAGACUGUUGAAAAUUUACGCAACAAUACAGUAUUGUAUAGGGAAACAUGGCAGUUCUAAAGUAUUUAAAAUAAGUUAAUAUUAAAAGAAAUGUUUUUAUGGAUUAAUAAUUUAAGUAUAAAUAUUGUUAUACAUACAUAUUGUAACGACAAAGAAAGAAAGAUAUUGUUAUGAGAGAAAUUUUGAUCUUU